AAACUAAUGUGCGAAAUGUCAACCCUUUUCUCUUUCUCUAUAUCCGGUCAGCCAUAAGACCUCCAGCAAGAUGAGGAAGAUUAUGAAACAAAACAAAAUCGUAAUUGUCCUUAGUGGACGUUACGCCGGCCGUAAGGCUAUCAUUGUCAAGACCGUUGAUGAUGGCACUCCCGACAAGCCAUUCGGUCAUGCUCUCGUUGCCGGUAUCGACAGAUACCCCCGCAAGGUAACCAAGUCCAUGGGCAAGACUAAGUUGAAGAAGAAGUCCAAGAUCAAGCCUUUCUUGAAGGUAUUGAACUACAACCACUUGAUGCCCACCCGUUACACCGCCAGCGAAAUCGGUUUCGAUAAGUUGUCGGCUAAGGACCUUAAGGAUCCCAUCAAGAGGAAAACACACCGUUUCCAAACUCGUGUCAAAUUCGAGUCAUCCUACAAGGAGGGCAAGAACAAGUGGUUCUUCCAAAAGUUGCGCUUCUAAACAGUGCCACUGUCUUAUGUGCUUAUUCCCUCAAGGCAUUCUGAUGACGGACUCGUCGCCAACUGUGUUGCGAGUGUGUUUUCUUUAGUUUUUAAUUAAAUCAAACAAACAAUAACAUCAAUAUUUGUAGGAUAUUAAACAUAAUUUUCUAUGUUUUCUAUUCUUCUGCUGUGUGGAGCUCUGUAUGGAGGAACUUUUUUUUGUGACGUAUUUUUUUAUGGAAAAAAGUUACAAUAAAAUAAAAUUUUAAAAACAAA